CCAGUUGGUGGCGACAAGAACGGUGGUACCCGAGUGGUUAAACUCCGCAAAAUGCCUAGAUAUUAUCCUACUGAAGAUGUGCCACGAAAGCUGCUGAGCCAUGGCAAGAAACCCUUCAGUCAGCAUGUGCGGAGAUUGCGGGCUAGCAUCACUCCUGAGACCAUUCUGAUCAUCCUCACUGGGCGCCACAGAGGCAAGAGGGUGGUUUUCCUGAGGCAGCUGGACAGUGGCUUGCUACUUGUGACCGGAUCUCUGUCCCUCAAUCGAGUUCCUCUUCGUAGAACACACCAGAAAUUUGUCAUCGCCACCUCCACCAAAAUUGAUAUCAGUGGUGUGAAAAUCUCCAGACAUCUCAAUGAUGCUUACUUUAAGAAGAAGAAGCUGCGCAAGCCCAGACACCAGGAGGGCGAGAUCUUCGACACGAAAGAGAAAUAUGAGAUUACAGAUCAGCGCAAGGUUGACCAGAAAGCUGUGGACUCACAAAUUCUGCCAAAAAUCAAAGCUGUUCCUCAGCUCCAGGGCUACCUCCGCUCUCUGUUCGCUCUCACCAAUGGGGUUUAUCCUCACAAACUGAUGUUCUGAAUUUCUUGUAAGAACCCGAUUAA